AUGUCGAGGGUCAAGUCCUUUCCUACCAUCAAGGCCGUUCGGACCUUCGUUAUCGACGGCGUAGGUUCCGGCGGCGACUAUCACAAUGUCAAAGGCGGACACUGGCUGAUUGACAACAAAAUCGCCACGCCCAUGUCCAAAUGGGAUCGAUAUCGAACUUCUCGAACCUCCUUUGGCAUCAAUGUGCUUGGUUCCUUUUGUGUUGAGAUUGAAGCCACAGAUGGCACUAAAGGUUUCGCUACGGGAUUCGGUGGACCGCCUGGCUGCUGGCUAGUCCAACAACAUUUCGAACGAUUCCUUCUGGGACGAGAUCCGCGAGACGUGAACGAUAUGUACGAGCUCAUGUACAAAGGUUCCAUGUUCUACGGACGUAAGGGUCUCUCCGUAGCGGUCAUCUCUGUAAUUGACCUGGCUCUGUGGGAUCUUUUGGGCAAGAUCAGGAACGAGCCAGUCUACAAAAUGAUCGGUGGUGCUACAAGAGACAGACUUCACUUCUAUUGCACUGGUCCCGAGCCCGCAGCUGCACAAGAAAUGGGCUUUAUUGCUGGUAAGGUGCCCCUGCCCUUCAGCGCCGACGAGCCAGAUAGCCUCAAAAAGAACAUCGCAUAUUUGAAGAAGCAAAGGGAAGCAGUCGGCCCAGACUUCCCUUUGAGAGUCGAUUGCUGGAUGUCCUUGAAUGUUUCCUACACCAUUGAGCUCGUAUCCGAGGCCAAGAGGCAGGAUAUCCGAAUAGAUUGGUGGGAGGAGGUACUGUCGCCAGACGACUUUGAUGGGUUCCAACUGUUAAAGAGGGCACAUCCAGACACCAAGUUCACGACAGGGGAACACGAAUACUCACGAUAUGGAUUUCGCAAACUUAUCGAAGGCCGCAAUGUCGACAUUAUCCAACCGGACGUCAUGUGGCUUGGUGGCUUGACGGAACUUCUCAAAGUUUCUUCGAUGGCAGCGGCGUACGACAUCCCAGUCAUCCCGCAUGCCUCCGGCCCUUAUUCCUACCAUUUCGUUGUCAGCCAACAUAACUCUCCCUUCCAAGAAUAUCUAGCAAACAGCCCUGACGGGCAGAGCGUUCUACCCGUCUUCGGUGACCUGUUCCUGGACGAGCCGAUUCCCACAAAGGGUUACUUGGACGUUAGUGUAUUGGAUAAGCCUGGAUUUGGGCUUGAAUUGAAUCCCAAUGCUCGCUUGAUCGAUGCCACAAAUUUGCUGGGCAUGAAGCCGCAGAGGUCGCUGACAAUACCAGUCGAUACGGAGCAGGUCAAGGUUAAGGAAUCUCAAGCUAACGGGGAUCAGCCUCGUGUGCAAGCUAACGGUUCAAUGGUUGGGAAUCAUGUUGCUUGA